AUGAGACCGUGACCGUUGUGGGGUGGGAAGGAAUUCAGAACGCACAGUCUGCGAGAAGAAAGCAGGGGUCGAGCAGCGUCUGUGAGGGGAGUGAAUUGUCGAAGCUCCGCAUUAGGAACCGGCUUGGUGAAGGAGCUGGAAAUGAGCAAAAAGAAGGCACCGAGAGGAGCCGGCCACUUAGAGAUCGGCACCGAUGCGGCUAAGCCCGCCAGAAGUGGUAAGGCUACCGGCGCCAAGCCCAAGGGCCACCGAGGAGAAGACCCAGAGAGGCGGCCGGGCCACAGCAACGGUGCUGGCGCUGAAAACAAUGGCCUAGCAGAUCCCGGCGGCAAGCGCAGAGUCGGAAGUGAAAAGUUUGCCGGCAGCGGCAGAUCUGUUGGUGACAAUGUUGUCUCCAUCAUUCCCAGCAAGGCUUCUGGAGGCAAUGGAAAUAUUCCCGGCAGGGCUGCUGUUAAGGGAAAAAAUUCCAGUAGCGUUGUUGCUGACAAGGGAAUAAUUCCCGGCAUGGCUGCUGGUGACAAGAGAAAUAUUUCUGGCAGGACUACUGGACACAAGGAAAACAUUACCGUCAAAGCUGCAGGUGACGAGGGAAUAAUUCCCGGCAGGGCGGCUGCUAACAAGGAAUACGUUUCUGACGGUUCUGAGAGAGCCGAAGACAGGAAUGUCAUCAGGACUCUACGCACUGUCAGCAGUGAGGGAUGUGGGGACCUGAGCAAACUGCUGAAGACUGUUCUCGAAAGUCUGCGGAUUAGAUCGGAUGAACGUUCUAAAGCAUCGAGAAUAGUGAACGAGGUGGUGGAUCAUUUGUUGCGUUCCAUUAAAAGGGAUCGCAGAUUUGCGUCCAUCGAUAAAUUGCCAAGUGGUAGUUACUACGAAAAAGUGAAGAUUUCAGAACCAAACGAAUUUGAUGUAAUGAUCACAGUCCCUGUUGAAAGAAUCAAGUAUGAAGAGAUAGAUUCUGAAGGUGCUUUCUACCAAGUUGCAUUUAAGAGAUGUCCUGGUAGCAACCCUCUUGCUUCAUUUGUUGAUGAUGAUGGAAUGCUUUCAGCUGAAAAAAUGCUUUCUGAACUCAGGAAGCUCAUAAAGGUCGCAGUAAAGUCAUUGACAGAUUACAAGAUAAAGAUGGAAAGGAAGAAAUCAGGAAGCCCAGCUGUGACACUCGUGAUUGAGGGAGACAGUGGACAUGAACAGCAGAUCUCACUGGACAUGGUAUUAGCUCUGGAAGUGAAGACACAGAGCUGGCCACCAAGCACGACUAACGGUCUGAAAAUUGAAAAGUGGUUGGGAAACAAGGUCAGGAGUGAAUUCAGACAAAAGCCGUUUUAUCUGGUACCAAAACAACAGCCAUUUGAGAAUACAGAAGGAGUCCAAAUUGAAUCACAGAAAGAAAUGUGGCGAAUCUCAUUCUCGCAUAUUGAGAAGAUGAUGAUCAUGAACCAUGGCAGCGCAAAAAUUUGCUGUGAGAAUAAAUCACCAAAGUGUUGCAGGAAAUCCUGUUUGAAGCUUCUGAAAAACCUCAUUGGGAAACUGAAAGAGAAGCAUCCUCGUAUAUUGGCACGUGUCUGCUCAUACCACGCAAAGACAACUCUGCUCCAUGCAUGCAUCAAGAGACCCAGCGAUGACAUGUGGCGUCUUGAAGACCUUGCCCACUGCUUUCUGAAGUUAUUAGAUGACUUCACUGAACAUCUGGAAAAGGCAGACCUUCCUCACUUCUUCAUCCCCUCUUACAAUUUCUUUGACUCUCGGAAAUUUGAUUCAAAAAAUAGGUGUCGUCUUCUAGGUUUCAUUGAGAGAGAGAGAGCAAAUAACUUUCCUAUCCUUAGGUUAAAUCUUCAGUCACAGUGAUUUGGCUUGUGAUUUUAAUAAGCAGCAGUACAAGCUGGGAAGGCUGUUUAAAAACCAGUGUCUAAUGUCAUGAGCCUUAUUAGGAUUGCACAAAAGUGACAUGAACCUUGAGAAAAGCCUCUCCUGUUUCAGACUGCUGAGAAUUACCUGAAUGACAGGGGAGAAGGAAACUCACCACCAGGGGCAGCACAAUAGCACAGCAAUAGUAAUCACUGAUCAGGGUUCAAUUCCCGCCACUGUCCGUAAGGAGCUUGUACGUUCUCUCCAUAACCGUGUGGGGUUCCUCCCACAUUUUAAAGAUGUACCGUACAUUUAAGUUUGCUAGCGCCUGAACUUGUGGUAACACUUACAAGCUAGCCCCAGCGCAAUCCUUGGAUUGUAUUGGACAUUGACACAAAUGGUGCAUUUCACUUUAUGAUGCUUCGAUGUAUAUGUGGCAGAUAAAGCUGAUUUUUAAGAUGGACUUGUAACCAAAUUACUUUUGAGGUACAGGCAAAGGUACCCAAGGAGAAACAGUUGCUUGACUUUUGUGUUUAAACAUGAUAGGAUCUGAAAAAUACCUGUCAGAUGAUGGUGUAACAGAUUCAAUAUCACAUUCAAAAGAGAAUGGAUAGUUACUUGAAGAGCAGAGAUUCGCAGGUUGAUAAAGAAAAUAAAGGAAGGUAGUAUGACUUGGUGAGUUGACCUAAAAGGAUGUGAAAAUGGCUUCCUUCUGUACUAGAAAAUUUUGACAAAAUAACGAAAGCAAAUACUUUUUAAACAAAUUUGCAUCAAACACUAAAUUUAAGGUCCUAUACAGCCAAAUCAAAGAUGCAAAGAAAAGAAAGGGAUCCAAGGGGAGCAAACAUUAGAAGGCAGCAUGGUAGUGUUGCAGUUACCGUAACGGUGUUACAGCACUGGUAACCUAGUUCAAUUCAUGCUGCUGUCUGUAGGGAGCUUGUUUGUUCUAACUAUGACCAUGUGAGUUUCCUCCCACAGUUAGGUUAGAAGGUUAAUUGAUCAUUUGCCUGUAAUUAGAUGGUGUGGGCUCGAUGGGCUGGAAGGGCCUGUUAUCGUACUGCAAGUAAACAAGUUUUUAUAGAAAGAAAAAGAAACCCAAGGUCCUUCACAGAAAUAUUAUCAAAAUGAAUUUUGCCUUUAAUGGAAAAAUUGAGAUAAAUAAUCAGAAGCAGAAUUAAGUCAUUCAGCUGAAUCUGCUCCAUUAUUUGAUCAUGGUUGAUUUAUUUUCCUUCUCAAUCCCAUUCAUGGCAACAGAAGACACUGCCAUCAACAGAGGAGGGGUUUAAAUUAGAAACGAGAUUCUGCAAAUGCUGAAAAUUUUGACCAAUAUAUACAAAUCGGUGGAGGAACUCUGUUUAGCUUACCUGUUGUGCUGAGUUCCUCCAACAUUUUGGCAUAUUGGUUAAGAUUAGAGUUGAUUAAGAUUCUAGAAUUGGAGUACAAGGUUGAGAGGUUUAAAAUUAAGGUGUUGUGGCGACUCAUUUCCUAGCGUAUCCGAACCGACUCACAAUUAGAUAGCCUACGGGGGUUUGCGAGCACAGAGCUUUGGAGCCUCUUCGCCAUGGGGGGCUGGUUGACAGAGGCUUAAAAGUGAGGCUGAAGUUUUCGAAUAAAGUUUUUUCCUUCGACUGCA